CCCCCGCGUCGUCCGGGCCUGCUGCAUCGUCGCGCUCCACAUACUCCGCUCCUGCUUGUCCGCCACCGCCCACCGCCUGGAUGCAAACCCUCCACUCGAUUCUUCCUCUCCUGACCCAAUGCGCCGCCUCUCCUCCACCUCGCGACCUCUCCUCUCGUCCAUGGCCUCUGCUCCGCCUCGCCAUUGCUGGCCGCCACGAGCGCUUGCACGACGAGCUUUGCCGCUCAUGGUGGCUCACAGUCUAGCCGCCCCUCAUGUUUCCAGAUUAUUUCCUCAUGGAUCUCGGGGCAUGGCCAGCACCAGCGGAUUCAAAGGCGGCGAAUCUGCUAAACCAGACGCGCGAUCGCUCAUCUCUUCUACCAAGGAUCAGCCUGCCAUCAGCCAAGGCAUGAAAGACGUGGAGACGAUUGGCACAACCUUGGAGGUUACAGAUGCUACAGCCGGCAAACACGACGCAUUUGCGAAAACUGUGGACAUCUCUGGUUGUGAGGAAAACGGAAGGAGUUCAACCAACAAGGAUACAAAGAGGGCAUCGGUAGCAAGCGAUGGCCAAGAAGAUGAUGUACUCUCCAUGGGAAUGUUGCCAAAAAGCACACACCGUGAUCGUUCGCUAUACAGACCUAAUCAUUCGUGGAAAAGGGACUAUAAUGUUGCGGACCGUAAUGAGACUCGGCUAGCAGAACCCACAGAUUGUGACAUCCGCAACGGAAAAUGCAUUCGGCAUAUACCUAAUCGCGUAUUACAAAUUUUGUCAUUAAAGUUGGCUAAACUUACUGUGGAUCCUGGCCCAGUAGAGUUGUAUGGAUACAUAGCAGUGCGGGAUUAUAUGGAUACAUUGCUUAAUUAUGUUGUCAAUAUAAGCAGGGAUGAUCCCAUCACCGUGAAGCAGGGCUCUCUCAUCGACAUGGCUGGCCCUAAGCGAGGGAUGAAUAUGCUUUCCACUAUUCUAGUGGAAUUUGACAUGAGGAUCAAGGUAGGCAAGGAAGAAAGGGAUGACUGCCAGCUGAUCAAGGUAGGCAAGGAUCAAGGCGGGCACGCAUGGGCUUGAUACUCGAGAGAUGAAGACUGAAUUCGGGUUGAUCUCAGUGAAGGUGACUUGGUCGACUCUGCUUUCCGUCUAGUAGGCUUAUUGCAGCGGUUGAAUGAAGUUUGUCGAAAAGUUGUGUCUGAGGAAUGGGCCAAGAGCCGGUCAACAGUCUAGAGUGAGUCGUACGUGGACACUGUUGAACUGUUUAGGGUAUCUUUACAUGUUUCACUACUAUUACCUGACAAUCCUAGCCAUUUGGGGUACACUGGUCCUGAUAUAUGUAUCUAGUGCUCUUUUUGCUUAGCAAAUCUGCUUGGUGAACUAGGGCUAGGAGGAACCUGCCCUGUCCGUUCCAGCUCUAAUCCUAGU